AGGGCCGGGCUCAACCUGGCGGCUGGAGUCCAGUCCCAGCGCGGUGGAUCGCGAAGCUCUUCCCAGCCGAGUGGCUCGCCCGUCGCGCCGGGAUUGUAACUGGAAUGGGCACCGAGGGGAAAGCAGGGAGGAAACUGUUGUUUCUCUUCACGUCUGUGAUCCUGGGCUCUCUGGUACAAGGCAAGGGUUCAGUGUACACUUCUCAACCCGAUGUCCAAGUUGCUGAGGAUAAUUCCGUCAAGUUGUCCUGCACCUACUCAGGCUUCUCCUCUCCCCGUGUGGAGUGGAAGUUUGUCCAAGGGGGCACCACCACGCUUGUUUGCUAUAACAGCCAGAUCACAGCUUCCUAUGCAGACCGUGUUACCUUCUCAUCCAGUGGCAUCACAUUCAAUUCGGUGACCCGGAAAGACACUGGAGAGUAUACUUGUAUGGUCUCUGAGGAAGGUGGCCAGAACUAUGGGGAGGUCAACAUCCACCUCACUGUGCUGGUGCCUCCAUCCAAGCCGACGGUCAAUAUCCCCUCCUCUCUCACCAUUGGGAACAGGGCAGUGCUGACCUGCUCGGAACAAGACGGUUCCCCGCCUUCUGAGUAUUCCUGGUUCAAGGAUGGGAUAGACAUGCUUACAGAUGCCAAGAAAACCCGUGCCUUCAUCAAUUCUUCCUACACCGUUGAUCCAAAGUCAGGGGACCUGGUCUUUGAUCCCGUGACAGCCUUUGAUAGUGGUGAAUACUACUGCCAAGCCCAGAAUGGGUUUGGGACAGCCAUGAAGUCAGAGGCUGUACACGUGGAUGCUGUGGAGCUGAAUGUGGGGGGCAUCGUGGCCGCUGUCCUGGUAACUUUGAUUCUCCUUGGAGCCUUGAUUUUUGGCAUCUGGUUUGCUUAUAGCCGAGGAUACUUUGAAAGAACAAAGAAAGGGACUGCACCAGGUAAAAAGGUGAUUUACAGCCAGCCGAGUGCUCGAAGUGAGGGGGAAUUCAAACAGACCUCAUCAUUCCUGGUGUGACCUGCUGCAGCUCAUCUGUUCUCCUCUUGCCUUACUCAGGUGCUACAGAUUCCAGCCCCCCCGCUGGCUGUAGCUACACAGGAUGCCUUCAGUGUCUUCUAGGUCCCACAGGACCCCUUGCUUUUAUUUUAGCUAGGAUAUGAUUUCAGUAAUGCCAGCUAUUUCUCCUUCCUCUUUUCUGCCCACCACCACUGGGUGGUCUGAGACUAGUUACAAAGUUUCAUUCCCCAUUCUUAGGUGGGAUCGGACAAGAGUCCUAGACUAGACAGCCAAAACGACUGGACUGACAGGAACCUGAAACCAGUACUUGGCUGUAAUGGCCUUUGAAUAAGGACUUAAAACCUAAUUCCCCAGCUUUCUCCUCUCCUGAUGGGGAUGGGUACCAGCCUCUCUAGAAUAGGGACUGGAGAAAGGAGGGACUGAAGUGUUUGGUGGUGACCUCAGCUCUUUUUGGUCUCUGGAGCCUUCUAUCCCCACAAAAUGUGCCACUGGGAUUCUCCUGGAUACAAGCAAACUGACACCAUGUCUGUACGAGGAGGGAGAGCUUAGUAAUCUCCCAAGAAACUUGGAGUAAGAAAGAUUUAAACUACGGGACUAGUAGCUGUCAUUCACUCUUCCCUUGGCUGGAACAACUGCACAGACCCUUGUAAAAUGCGUGUGGGCUGUGGGGAUGGCAUGCAUGACAGUCUUGGCUCAUUGGUGGGCUGGGCUCUGUGUGUGUGUGUGUGUGUGUGUGUGUGUGAGAGAGAGAGAG